UCGCUCCAAAUCUUUCGGCUUGUUCGGUCCUCACCUUACCGCGAGCUACAAGCGCAUGGAUCUCCGCGUAGGGUGGGGAGGAGGCCACCGUUAGCAUCCGGUAGCAGAGACACCGGAUACGCUUCCAAUGGCGUACGAGAUCCUACUCGAUCUGAUCCACCAGCUCCAGUCCGGCCUCCGGGUGGCGGCCGGCAUGCCGUCGUACGAUCCCUCCGACCCGGCGCUGCCGCCCCUCCCUUCGAUCGAAGAUGCGGUGGAGGCGCUCGAUCCGAGCGUUCCUCCCUACUUUCGUUGCAAGCGAUGCCGCGGCGGCCUCCUCCGAGGUCUCAAGUCCACGCUCUGCAUCUACUGCGGCGCCGACCGGAGGAGGGAAGGCUUCUCCUACGAGAUCUCCUUUAAUUCCACCGUUGGCUGCCGGAAGCUUCUCGGGUCCCUCGGUCUCGAUGGAUCAGAAGCUGUUACCUUGGACACUGAAUCAAGUGAUUCUAAGGGCAAGGGUACACCAAAGGAUGGUUUGGUUCUAUCUGAUCUUUUGGACUUGAAAUUGAAGUGGCCUUUAGAUAAGAAGGAAGUUGAUAAUAGGAGUAUAAACAAGGAGUCCUCUACCAAUAAAUAUGCUUUGAACCUGUCAGGAUUUGAUCUUGAUGAUUCCUUUUCUGAACCUAAGAUAGAGGCAGCUUCUGCUGCUCCUAGCCUACGCAAUGAACAGAUAAUGCCAGAAAAGCAAAGCAUAAAAACAGAAUGUCAUGAAUUUUCUGGUUCAGAUAGUAUGUUUGAGAACCUUCGGUCUUCAGACACUAAAACAAGUUCUUUUAACAAUAAACGCAGUGAAUUUGGUGAUUCAUUCAAAGUUUGGGAGGCUGAGUUUUACACUGCCAUUUCAAAUAUUUAUGCUGCUGAAUCGAAAUCGGUCAAACUGUUUCAGGAUUCUUCUGAUACUGAAUCUCUUACUAUGCUAAGGCCUCAGGCCACUAUCAGCCAGCAGACAGAUCUACAACAUGAUAUAAGCAGCAAAGAUAAUGCAGGAAAAUUUACAAGCGAUGCAGGUGAAUCGUCCUCAACUAAUAACUGGAUUCCAGAUGAUUUUUGGCCUAUGAAAACUGGGGAAGUAAGUAAAUCUGAUCAAUUGAGGAGCAAUGGUGAAACUAAUAUUGGUGAACUGAACAAUAACGUAAAUGAUAUGCCAGACCACCAGGUUCAAGAUGAUCUAUGGCCUGCAAGCAGCACAAAGGAAACUGAAAAUACUAAAAGCAUAAGUGAUAAUGAUGAUUCAUUUGCUGAUUGGCAAUAUUUCACUAGCUCAGUUAAGGCACAGGGAAAUUCAUCAAAUUUGGGGAUGCCAACUGAGCCCAGAUUGUUUGAGGUACCGUCAGAAACAAAAUCUGUGGCUCUAUGGACUCCAAGCGGCACACAGGAGUCUGAUAAUACAAAAAACUUAGAUGUUAAGAAUGAUCUAUUUGAUGAUUGGCGAGGUUUUCCUAGCUCGAGUGAAGCACAGGCAAGUUUAUCAACUUCAGGGCCACAAGCUGAGGCCACAUUGAUUGAGCAUCCUUCAGAAACAAAAUCAGUGGAUUUAUGGUCUACAAGCAUUACAAAGGAGUCUGAUGACACUAAAAUCCUAUAUGGCAAGGAUGACUCUGAUGACUGGCAAGGCUUUACUACCUCGAGUGAAGCAGUAGGAAGUUUAUCGAAUUUAGUAGCAAAAACUGGGGCCACAUUGUUUGAGCAUCCUUCAGAAACAAAUUCAUUGGGUCUCUGGCCUACAAGCAGCACAAAGGAGUCUGACAAUAUUAAAAACAUGGAUGGUAAUGAUGACUUGUUUGAUGGUUGGCAAGGAAGUUUAUCAAAUUCAGCGGCACAAACUGGGGCAACAUUUCUGGAGCAUCCAUCAAAAAUAAUGUCAGUGGACCUAUGGUCUAAAAGCAGCACAAUGGACUCCGACAAAGCUAAUGCCAUAAAUGGUAAUGAUGACUCAUUUGAUGAUCGGCAAGGUCUUAGCAGGUUGGGUGAAAUGAAGGGGAGUUUAUUGAAUUCAAGGUCUCAAAUGGGAGAUGCAUCACAUGCGCAUCCUUCAGAUGCUAAGUCAGCAGAUCUACAAGAUAUGGAGUUUGGCAGCUUCUUGCAUUCAGACUCCUCUUCCAAAACCCCUGGCGGUCAAGAAGGUUCUAAUAAGGCAAACAGUCUGCAGUUAUAUGCAUCAAUUUCCAAUAGGAUGGGUGCAGUGCAUGAGACAUUUGGUGUGGAUUCUCAUUCUACAGUGCAGGAGGCCAGUGACAUUAAUAAGAAUUCUACUGCUGCUUUAAAUCCAGAAUCCGCGAAUUCAAAAGUUGAAAUGCUGUUAUCUCAGAUGCAUGACCUCUCUUUUAUGCUUGAGAACGACCUUUCAUUUCCGGAGAAGAUUGAGAGGGCUGACUCAAAUUCCUGAACUCAAAUUCAGGUUCCAGUUAAGGUUGACAAUAUUUUCAUGGUCUGGUAAACCCCAGUCCUAUCUUUCCUGAGGCAUAUCAUUGGCAAUUUUCAAGUGUUUUAUCCGGUAAGAAUUGUGAGAAGUUUGAAAGUAGAAGGAACGAAAUUGCUGCAUUUCUGUCAUGAGUCAGCGUGCUUGCCCUUUUUAUAUCCUACCCAACUGUGUAGGAGACGUGGGUCUGAAGUCUUUGCCUUGUAUCAUCGAGACUUUUGAUGGGUAGAAAGCCUCAGCUUGGAGAAAUUUUUCCAUACACUGCAUACAUCACGUGGCUGUGCACAUUAUCAAUCACAGCUGCUCAUUCAUAUUAGUGGCGCACCAAGAUGCAUACUUAAUGAAUGGAAUGAGCGGUUAUGAUUGACACAGUGUAGGGAAUAAUUUCUCCAAAGCUCGACUGCCUUGAUCAUGUGGUAGCUGACAUUGAAGCUUUACAUAUUGGAUCCAGGUCAGGGGAGACUGAGUGUGUGCAUCUAGUAACAAGAUGCACCACCAGCUGGAGCAGUGCAUUGUCCUGUGUGCUUGGAAGGCCAAUGGCACUGGUCAUUCACAGGCAGACUAUAGUCAGGAUAUCCUUCGAAUUAUUAGACGUCCUUUACAUCGUGACAAUUUUGGGGAUUAUCCAGAUAAUUUGCAGACGGCAUGUUGUCGUUCAUGCUUUUGUUGGAUUCUCUGCUAAUGUCAUCAUCUAUUCGCUGUCCACUCCAUUCCAAAUCUUCUCUGUCGCAAACUCUGUAUUCUGAGCUUGAAUCCAUGGGCAGCAAGUCAGCAACCUGGGAUUUUAUUAGUGGGAUUAGAUAGCUGUUUCACAUCCAAGGGUAACUGACAGUGUGUUGUUCUGUGGCCCGUUCAAUCUGGUUAGUGUGUUGGUCACGACCCAAAGUUGAUACGAAAUCUUCAGAUACCAGGUUUUGGUCUUACAGUUGCUUCCAUUGAAACCUUCCUCUGGAUGUGAAGAAAGGCUAAACGUCCACCAAGACACUAUCAAAAGCUAAGAAUGGUCUCUGCACCUCCCAAUGCGAUUGAAGGAGUUGUGAUCAAACAUAAGAGGUUCCAUCCAAUACAGAGCUUGGAUUAAAGACAAAUGAGCCUGUUUCAACACAUUGUAAAAAAAAAAAA